UAACCAUAACCCUAUUUUAUGGUUGAUAUAAAAGAAAAAUGUAAUAAAAACCGUGUGACGUGUAGUAAAGUACAAAAUAAAAGGAAAAGUGAAAAGUUAAAAAGAACGUGGUCGUGGUUCGUGGUGUUAAAUAUUUGUUGGCGCCAUUUGACACAAUUUAGUACAUAGUACAAUACAUGUUUUUUUGAAUAUUUGUAACAAUGGAAAGAUUCUUGUUAAACAGAGGGAACAAUCAGAAUAAUGCUGAACCCCAACCGAGUAACUCAAAAGAAAGGUCUGAAUCCGAAGAUACCCAGGGUGAAGAUGAAGUUUCUGUGAAUGUGAAGACUUCCAGAGAAAGACAAACAACUUCUAAAAUGAAAAGAAAGCGUGUGUCAGCUGUAUGGGACUAUUUCAAAAAUUAGCUAAGUGUAUUAAAUGUGGAAAAGAAUACAAAACAAGUCGCGCCACAAGUAUUUUUUUAGAUAAGCGGCAAGGCGUUACCCCCUAUGGACGAAUGUGCCAUUAAAUAUCUAUGUGUUCCAGC